AUGGCUUUGCAGAAAAUUCUUGCUGCCACUUUCGUCUCAGCUAUUGCCAACCCGGGCGCGUACAAACCCGACCAUACUGGUAGCAUAGACGGGGUUGACAUGUGCUUCGCCUUGGACUGGAAACGAGUCAUUGCCACUUUUGCGUCGAAAACGGGCGCUGGUGCCUACCUCUUGUUGACAAAAGUGUACUAUUCAAAAGCAGAAGCCCGCAACAUGCAUCGAGUUGCCUCUUCUCACCCCAGCGCCACUGGCCCAGGCAGUGCAGGCGUGAGCGUCGCGGAGUGUGGUUGCCGUGAGGCACAUAAGGGGCCACUUGUAGCCCUAAUAAGCUCAUCGCAGGUUGUUUACGCUUCUACGGAAGGCGAGACUAUCGGUACUGGAGCUGGCAGCAACGAGCCGAUCCACGAAGCGGGCCCCCCGGAUUGCCCCGACGAACCUUCCCCACGAAAGACAGAGAAGACCAUGGUUCUAGUCUAUAACAUGACAUUUCUGCUGGAGGAUGUCGGAUCUAUACGUUGA